GUUGUAAUUGACCAAAAUAUGGAUCCGGGUCAUCCUCUCCGCACACUUUCAGUCCACAACGUUCCUCUUUGUCCCUCUCAUCUCUCUUCACAGCAUGUGACGCUUUCUAAAACAAUUGCGACAAUCAAAUCCCAAAAUUUUCGACUUUCCAUUUUUCUGCACCACCUAAUUUGGCAGUCUUCUUUCAUUUUGAUCCCCAACCCUCCUUCGGCCAUCGCUUUCUUUCUCGGCUCCAUUUCUGUUUCCCGGAGUUGAACUUGCAACAGUGUGCCUGUGUAAUAUUUUCAGGCGGGCUGCAAUUUGAGGAUUUCUGGACUGCUGGAGUUCUGGGUUAAGUUCAUUAUAGCUGUGCAGCUGAUUUUUUGGUUGUUUUUGUUCGAGGCUGCGCUGUUAAGUUGAUGUGACUGUGGAGAGAUCUGUUGGAGGGGACGAAGUGGCAGAUUGAGUUGUCCGGGGUUUGGAUCCGAUCGCAGUGGAAACAGCGCCACUAGAUGGCGCUGUUCAGGCGUUUCUUUUACCGAAAGCCGCCUGAUCGGCUCCUCGAAAUCUCUGAACGGGUCUACGUGUUCGAUUGCUGCUUCUCCACUGAUGUACUGGAUGAAGACGAGUAUAAGUCUUACAUGGGCGGAAUUGUAGCUCAGCUACAAGAGCAUUACCCGGAAGCUUCUUUCAUGGUUUUUAACUUCAGAGAAGGGGAUAAGAGAAGCCAAAUAUCUGACAUCUUAUCGCAAUAUGAUAUGACUGUCAUGGAUUAUCCUCGGCAAUAUGAAGGGUGUCCUCUAUUACCAUUAGAAAUGAUCCACCACUUCCUUAGGUCUAGUGAGAGUUGGUUAUCACUUGAAGGCCAACAAAAUGUUCUGUUGAUGCACUGUGAGAGAGGAGGAUGGCCUGUGCUGGCCUUCAUGCUUGCAGGCCUCCUUUUGUACAGAAAGCAGUACAGUGGUGAGCAGAAGACACUUGAAAUGGUAUACAAACAAGCACCCAAGGAACUUCUUCAUCUUUUAUCUCCUUUGAAUCCACAACCAUCCCAGCUUAGAUAUCUUCAGUAUAUCUCUAGGAGAAACUUUGUAACUGAUUGGCCACCAUCAGAUACACCUCUAGCUUUGGAUUGUAUCAUACUAAGGGUCAUCCCUGUAUAUGAGGUUGGAAGGGGUUGCCGACCUGUGGUCCGUGUUUAUGGUCAGGAUCCUUCUUCAACUACAUCCAACAGGAGUUCCAAGCUCUUGUUUUCAACUUCAAGCACAAAAAAGCAUUCCAGAUUCUACCGACAGGUAGAGUGCGAGCUAGUUAAAAUAGAUAUACACUGCCGUGUCCAGGGGGACAUUGUCCUUGAGUGCAUACAUCUGGAUGAUGAUCUAGCAAGGGAAGUAAUGGUGUUUAGAGUCAUGUUUAACACAGCUUUUAUCAGGUCAAAUGUUUUGAUGCUAACCCGUGAAGAUGUUGAUGUCCUGUGGGACGCGAAAGAGCAAUUUUCUAGGGACUUUAGAGCAGAGGUACUCUUUUCGGAUGUGGAUGUUGAUCCUCCUACUAUACCAACCGAAGCAUCAAAUGAAUAUGGGAAUGAGACAGAAAGUGCCUCACCUGAGGAGUUUUUUGAGGUUGGAGAAAUAUUCAGUAAUCCAGUUGAUGGGCAAGAUGCAAGAGGCGAUUCAGAUAACCACACACUAGAAAGUAAGAGGGACCAUGAGAGCCAUGAGGUAGUCUGGAAGGAGGAAUCUGACCAUCACUCAUUUCAAGAUUGUGCAUCUGAAGAAGGAAAUCAUCACAGACAUGUUAUUGGGGUUGAUCCUACUCAUCCUCAUGCAGAUGUUAACAUUAUGAGGGAAGAGUAUGUUGUGUCAGAGAAUAAACAAUACGAAGAAACUGCACUCUCACAGAAGAAGCUAGACAGGCAUGUUUCAGAAAAUAAGACUGGAGGUGAUAGUAGUAAUAAGCAAAAGUUUGACAAAGUACCUUUGACUGCUUCAAAGAAACAGCCAUUAUCAAACUCAAAACCUUCAUCCGAUGGCAUUGGCAAAAAUAAAUCUAAACAACAAGAAUCUCAGGGGAAUAUUUCAAGACUGGCAAAGCCAAAUGUUGUAUCCAGAUGGAUCCCUCCUAAUAAAGGCUCUUAUACCAAUUCAAUGCAUGUAUCGUACCCACCAUCAAGGUAUAACAGUGCUCCACCUGCAUUUGUGCUUGCCAAGGAUUCUCAGUCAAGUGGAAAAUCAAAACCAGCAUCUACUCGUAGCUCUACUGACACGACUGCUUCAGCGAAUGGUACUAUUGAUGCAGCUAGUCGUGCACCUUGCUCGUCAUCAGCCGACAUGUCAAUGCCUGAAGUUGCACCAAUUCCCCCUUCAACUUCUUCUCCAGUUGAGAGCCAAGACCUGCAAGAGUGUCCACUUCCUUAUCCCUCACUCCCGGAUCAGCAUACCACCUUAUUAUCAUCUCAAGUCCUGUGUACACAUGUAGAGGGAGGUGGCGCCUCACUCCCUUCUCCUCCAUCCCAACAUUUACCUCUACAAGAAAGCCGGAGUUUAAUCGUUUCUACUACUAACCCACCUCCUCCACCCCCUCCUCCACCACCUUUGCCCCUGUUUUCUACUGGCAUUAUUGCCUCUACUUCCGUAUCACCAACUCCUACCCCACCUUGUGUUAUUUCCAGUGCAGAUAAUGCUUAUAUGGUCUCACCCUCACUGCCUGCAUCAACAAUCUCAACCAGCUGGGGUAAUGCAGCUUCUUAUGUGGCACUGUCAAAGUCUAUGUCAAUUCCACCGUCACCCCCUCCUCCACCAUUACUUUCAUCAUCUAUGAUAAAAUCUGUUACCAUUAGAGAAUCCUCUCCACCCCCACCCCCACCUCCACCUCCACUGCCACCCCCUCCUCCACCAGCACUUUCACCAUCUGUGAUACAAUCUGCUACUGUCAGAGUAUCCACUCCACCUUCACCUCCACCUCCACCUCCACCUCCACCGCCACCUCCACCACCACCUUCUUUGGUUAGACCUACUAGCUUAUGUGUGCCAGUUCAUGCAAAUAUGAAAUCUGUUUUACAGGGUGUUCCACCUCCUCCACCUCCUCCACCUUUGCCUUCACGAAGUGGUCCAUCACCCCCGCCUCCUUCCACACCAUUUUCACAUAGUGCUUCAAUUCCACCUCCACCACCACCACCUCCUCCUCCCUUUCAACCUUCACGUAGUGUUCCAUCUCAACCCCUCUGCCUGCCACUUUCACUAGGUACUCCACCCCCUCCUCCACCUCCACCUCCACCUCCACCUCCCUUAUCACAAAAUGGUUUAACUUCAUCCUCCUUGCCUAGCUAUGUUCCACCUCCACCUCCCCCACCACCUAAUUUGCGUAGUGCCGUAUCUCCUUCACUAAGUGGAGCUCCACCUCCACCACCCCCUCUUCCUCCUCCUAAGAGUGGGGCCUCACCCCCUCUUCCUCCAAGUCGUGCACCACCGCCACCUCCACCUCCUCCAAGUCGUGGAGUACCACCACCGCCUCCUCCUCCAAGUCGUGUAGGAGCACCGCCGCCACCACCUCCUCCAAGCCGUGUAGGAGCACCGCCACCGCCACCACCUCCUCCAAGUCAUGGAGGAGCACCACCACCGCCACCACCUCCAAGUCGUGGAGGAGCACCGCCACCGCCUCCUCCUCCAACUCGUGGAGGCGCACCUCCACCUCCUCCACUUGGUGGUCCACCACCUCCCCCACCGCCUCUAAGGGGUUGUACACCUGGUCCUUCACCACCACCUAGCACACCUGGCCCUCCACCACCACCAGGAGCUCCAAGACCUCCAAAUGGUGCACCUCCUCCACUUGGGAGAGGCCUUCCCUCCGGAAGAGGACGUGGACUUUAUGGAAAAGCACCUCCUGCUGGAGCUCCUCGAAGGUCUACAUUGAAGCCACUGCAUUGGAGCAAGGUAACCAGGGCAGUACAAGGAAGUUUGUGGGACGAAUUACAGAGAAAUGGAGAACCUCAAAUAGCACCAGAGUUUGAUUUUUUAGAACUUGAGACUCUUUUCUCUGCCAUAGCCCCAAAGUCAGAUAAAGGUGACAAAUCUGGAGGGAGACGGAAAUCUCUUGGAUCUAAACCUGAUAGGGUUCAUCUGGUUGACUUGAGAAGGGCCAACAACACUGAAAUCAUGUUAACGAAAGUGAAGAUUCCACUUCCAGACAUGAUGGCUGCUGCAUUGGCAAUGGAUCAUUCAAUCUUGGAUGCUGAUCAAGUAGAAAAUCUGAUUAAGUUUUGUCCUACUAAAGAAGAAAUGGAACUUCUUAAGAAUUACACUGGUGACAAGGAUAAUCUGGGAAAGUGUGAACAGUUUUUUCUGGAACUGAUGAAGGUACCACGGGUGGAAUCAAAAUUAAGAGUUUUUCUCUUCAAGAUUCAAUUUAAUUCCCAGGUCUCAGAUUUCCGAAAAAGUUUGUCUACUGUUAACUCUGCUUGUGAAGAGGUCCGGAAUUCUUAUAAACUGAAAGAAGUCAUGUGGAGAAUAUUACAACUGGGAAACACGUUAAAUCAGGGAACUGCCAGAGGUUCGGCUGUUGGGUACAAGUUGGACAGUCUUUUAAAACUUACUGAUACUCGUGCCACUAACAACAAGAUGACACUCAUGCAUUACCUUUGUAAGGCUCUUGCUUCAAGGUCACCUGCACUUCUGGACUUUCAUGACGAUUUUGCAAGCCUAGAAGCUGCAUCUAAGAUACAAUUGAAAUCUUUAGCUGAGGAAAUGCAAGCCAUCAUCAAGGGUCUGGAAAAAUUAAAGCUUGAACUGGCUGCGUCCGAGAAUGAUGGACCUGUAUCUGAAAUUUUCCGGAAGACACUAAAAGAGUUCAUUGGAGUUGCUGAAACAGAGGUGACAUCUGUAACAAAUCUAUAUUCCACAGCGGGAAGGAAUGCAGAUGCACUGGCACUGUAUUUUGGUGAGGAUCCUGCCCGCUGCCCAUUUGAGCAAGUUACUGCAACCCUCUUAAACUUUGUGAGGUUGUUCAGAAAAGCCCAUGAGGAGAACUUGAAACAGGCUGAAUUAGAAAGGAAAAAAGCUCUAAAGGAGGCUGAGACAGAGAAUGCUAAAGGCAUGAACCUUACAAAGAGGGGUCCUAAAGAAUGACAAUCCCAUGAAAUGCAUGGUACCAGAAAAUCGGUGCAAGCGGUUAGCGGACCAACCACAAAAAAUCUAAACUACUUUCGAAGUACUUUAGUUUGCGUGGGAUUCAAAGUAUGAAGUGCAUUUUCAAGGCUUAUGAACCUGAAAGUGCCAGUUAUGGCUCAGCAGGCGAAGCUAAAUGGGGCCUGAAAGUGCAGUUUUGGAGGGUAGAUGUUAUUGCUUUCAUGUUCUCCCUCCAUGUGCCAUGAUCAGACAGGAGUAAUCGACUUUGCACAUGGCGCCAGAGAUAUAUCCAUUGGGAAGUGUAAAGGGGAAGAAGAUCUACAGGUAUGCAUUAGUCUUGUACAGAACAUAGAACUAUAUAGAUUAUUUUAUUGUAACAUAGGAAGGUCCCUUUCCAUGAAAGAAUAUAUGGGAAUUGACCAUGGAAUUUGUUGUACAGAAAGUAUUAGUCGCCAUCAUGCUCUAGCUAGGUAGAUUGGUUAGUGGUGUAACAAAGAAUAAGCUUAUCAGGUUAGAAUGUUAGAUGCCUCUUUCACAGUUUGCUAAUUCUUUUAUUUGUUUUUCAUUGGAAUUAUUUUUUGACACAAUACCGAUUAUUAAUACAAUGCGUGCAUUUCUUUUCAAUCAA